AUGGAAGUUCAAUCUUUAAACCUAAUUAUGAUAAUCAAACAGUUACUGGAUUCUUCUUGAAAAAUCUAAAUCAUCGUCGUCAUAGGUUCCUUUUCUUGAAGAUAAACUCAAAAUUGAUGAAUUUCAGAAAUUAAUUAGAAGAUUUCAUCAAUUGAAAAGCGAUGCUUAUGCAGAUUGCUGGACUUGGAGAUGACAUUUAAAUGAGUACCUUUGAUUGUUCAAAAGGCUUGUAUGCACAUAAGUUACAUAGAAUGUCAGGAUGUUUGAUUUAAGCAAAACGAUAGUGCAUGUAACACAAGAAGAUUUUUUUUUCCAGUAACUACGAGAGAAGAUAUUAAAAGAUGGAGAUGUGCGAAGGGAGGUCGAUUUACUUAGAGCAUACUUCAGAGAUAAGUCCUAAAGCUUGUGAUUUGGACUUGAAAAAAAGAGAACAGGCAGCGACACACCAACCAUUUCCAGGUCAAGCGGAAUUUCUUUGUCCUCAACCUCGUCGUGCUGUUAGGACUCCUUACACUGUUGAUAGCCUUGAAAUACUGUGCUGCACUCCUAGAGGUGAGUCCCCUACUCCCAAAAAAGAUCCCAGUCUUGACAUCUUAAGUUUAUUUUUUAGCAAGGUUAUAAGCACCUGGGGUGUUCAAAACGAAAUUGACGUAUACCCGGAAUGCAGAGUAUGGGAUGCAGGGUACUUUUCGAGGGAGCUUAAGGUGGAGAAGAACAAUGGACAUGUUUUGGAUAUUAAUGAGGUGCACCUUGUCUUGUCUCUGGAUUUUCUGGAUUGUUGUAAAUGUGUACAUGUUUGUACACCAGUGUAAAUUAAGAUUUUUUUUUAAAAUAAAAAUUAUAUAGUCA